UUCUCCUCCCAUGAGAUUCCCCUUCACCGUCGAGACGAGAUGACGCAUAUCGAGAUGCUCCACCAUUACGAUGUCUCGCCGCCCGCCAACUCAGUCCCGGCAACCGCUGUCCCUCUCACCUUCUUCGACGUCCCGUGGCUUCUCUGCUGCCCUGUGCAACGCCUCUUCUUCUACGACUUCCCUCAAUCCCCUCCCUCCUUCGCUCACACCACCCUCCCGCUCCUCAUCCGCUCUCUCUCCCUCUGUCUUCGCCGCUUCUUCCCCUUCGCCGCCAAACUCAUCCUCCCUCUGGGGCCGCCUCGGAAGCCCUCGAUCCUCUACUCCGACGGCGACUCCCUCUCCUUGACCGUCGCCGAGUCAUCCGCCGACUUUGCCAAGCUCGUCAGUGAUGAGGCUCGCGACGCCACGCUGGUGCAUCCUCUGGUGCCUCAGCUCCCGCCACCACGUGCGUCCGACGGCGCACGCGUGUGGCCCCUCAUGGCGAUUCAGGUGACCCUGUUCCCAAGCAAGGGCAUUAGCAUCGGGGCGUUCCUACACGUGGCGGCAGAUGGGAGGUCCUUCAAUCACUUCAUGAAAUCGUGGGCAUUCAUUCAUAGGUCCGAAGGAGACCCCACUUGCGCUGACCUGGACGAUUCGAGCCCUUUCCACGACCGAAAAGUGAUCAAAGAUCCGAAUGGGCUCGAGCCCAUAUUUUGGAAAGACUGGUGGAGUUGUGUGGGCCCUAGCCCGAGCCCGAGCCCGAGCCAGAGUGAAGCUCUUCUCGCUGUGGCGGACAAGGUGAGAGCAACGUUUGUCCUGAGAAAACAUCACAUCAACGGGCUAAAAGCGCAGGUCUUGAGUCAACUCAAGAACGACGACGUUGGGUCGGAGUCGGAGCCAAUCCACUUGUCGACAUUCGUGGUGGCGUGCGCAUUCGUAUGGGUAUGCGUCAUCAAAUCGAAAGACAAAGAACAUGAGUGCUACGACCAAAUGUCAUCAGAGAGCGGCAACGACGAGCUUUGCAAUUUCUGCUUUCUCGCGGAUUGUAGAGAGCGACUUGAGUAUUCGAUACCCUCAACAUACUUUGGGAACUGUCUGGGCAUACAUAUUCUGUCGGAGAAGAGGAGUACCCUCUUGGGCAAAAGUGGAAUUUCACAUGCCGCGAGGGCUAUAGGAGGCAGAGUCCAGGAAGCGAAGACAAGUGGAGGAUUGAGAGGGGCGUCGAGAUGGAUCAGGGAUUAUAAUGCAGCCAACAAUGGCGACUUAGUGACGGUGGCCGGAUCGCCGAGACUGAAGGUCUACGACACGGACUUCGGGUGGGGGAGGCCAACGAAGAGCCAUGUGGUGCACAUUGACACGUCGAGGGCGAUCUCUCUUGCAGAGAGUAGGAAUGGGGAUGGUGGUGUGGAGGUCGGGUUGGCAUUAACUAGGGUUUGCAUGGAGAAGUUUGUCCCUUUGCUUGAAAAGGGAUUAAAAAAAUUUAUGUUAUCGUAGUACACAUCUA